UUUCUAUUAGAACCAGUUUCAUGAAAGCUGCCUUCCUGGAAGGAUUUCAGGAAACAUAUUUUUAAUACAUGUGCACUCCAUAGCUUGCUGUUGAAUGGCGUGAAUGUGUUUUCCUGUAAAAUUCAGAGGCAGAGGAUCCUGGCUGCUGGCGUGACAUGGAAGUGCACGGGUUUUCUACCCAGCCUUGGCAUGGCAUUUCUACAUCUUUGUUCAAAAUUUCAUUGUCAGAUGCCUCAUUUGCUUUACCCUUUAGCAGCACCAGCCUGUAGAUGAAAGUAUCGAACAAAGAUUUCCUUGAACUGCAGUGCAGAACAGUUCUGAGCGAUGGCAUCAAAAGGUAAGAAAUACUUCACCCGCUGUUUUUAAUCCAUUUCUUUUGCCGCCCAAAAUGUCCCCUCAAAGGUGGAAUCUCAAGCUGGCUUAGAUCCUUUUGGUUGAAAGGUGUCUUAAAAGCCAUCCAGCGCACCCCCUCAAUUCUAUACCUGGGGAAGCAACACCCAAGGAAGCUGAAGGACUUUUGUCCACCUUCAUAUUGUGGUCUAGGUGUAGCAGCAAAGUUGGGACUACUCUCAUCUCCCCUUCCAUUAGGGGACACUAGCUCUGCAGUCAGAGGUGGUCGGUGGAGGUUAGUGUGUGGUCUGGCUUCUUUAUCUGGUUGGCAUUUUGAUAAGAUUUCUUUGUAAUUUGAUGAAGAUCAUAUUUAGUUUAUUUUGAGUGAGAAAAAUCUUCUUUUAAAACUCACUUAUUAUGUGAAUUACCAUCUUGUUUCUUUACAACUUUAAAACAGUGGUUUGUACUAACAGAGAAGACAUUUGUAGCAGCCCAGAAAUACUCGUUUUGAAUAUAGUAGUGAUUUUGAAGCAGAACGUGAGGAUCUUUUCUUAAAAUUCCCAGUACAUGUAUACCUUCUGGAUUUCAAGUUCAAUGACUGAAAUUCUUAACAUUUUUAUCAACAAUCUCUCUUUGACAGCAUUUUUUUCUGUCAUUUAGUUAUUGAUUUUUCCUGGGUUUGGCAUAAUAAGCAUUCUAUGAAGUGACACAUAAGCUUUUUUGAAAGCUAACUGAUUCUCCUGAAGUGAAGUAGCUGUCAUAUUUAUGUUCAUCAUAUUUACUGAAGUACCUAGCACAAAAUGCACCAAAACCUAGAGCAGUUGCUAUAUGUAAAUGCUCCUAAGUUCGUAUUGUUAAUAUAAUUGUCAAUACACUUCUAAAUUGUGCAAUACUGUAUGUAUGUAGAGAUUGAGUUGUGAAUAAAAAAUAAUGUGGCCUCUUUGUGAUCAUAAAAUUGCCUUUUCUUUAUAAGGAAGAACGGUUUGGGAAUAGUAGCUAUUCAAGUUACUAAUGAAUGGUGGCUAUCUUUCUCUCACCAGUCUUGUCACUAACAGAAUUUUCUCUGCCAGAUUCUGCUGAGUCUAGUCUUUUUGCUGCUUCGUUCACCAUGCAGCUCUUUGGCAGAACCAUUUUGGAUCACUCUUGGCCCCAGAGACCUCAGCAUUCCCUUCCUUCUUCAGUCUUCAGCUUUGCUUCUUCCAUGUUUCACCCAGAUCCCUUCUUUACAUUCUCGUGGCAUUCUUCCUACCUGAAAUGCUGUUUCCAAAUCUGUCCUCCAACCUUUAUGUUCAUAUUCAAAAAGGUUCUUAACAGUUCACCUCGGUAUAUUUGCAAGUACCUGCUAUCCACUAGCCCUGAGGUUUCACAGGUGACCGGAGACACUACCCAACCUGAGAGAUCUUAGAAUUGACAAAUGAGAUGCCAAUGAAGAGAACACUGUAAGUGUUGUAAUAGGUAAACUUUAUUGCAUACUUGCUAUAUGCCAGGAACUGUUCUAAUACAGUCUUCACAAUAAUCCGGUGAAGUAUGACUGCUUUCAUUUCAUAGGUGAGAAGUUAAAGGACAACAUGAAUAAAAUAGUGACCUAAGUAACACAGAAAGCGGCCAGGUCAGAGUGACAGCCCACACCAUCUGACACCAGCCUGUGCUCCUAGCAGUUGGGCCUUGCCACAUGUUAUAAGAACCAAGAUGGAGGCACUUUCUAAGAAGUUACUUACAGGUUAUGGCACCUAGACCAAGUUUUAAAAGCCAUAAGAGACUUCGGGAAGAGGGAAGAGAAUGGAUAAAACUAAAGAGGAUUGAGAACAUGCAGGAAGCUAAGCACUCAAGUUAAGCAGGAAGAAUGUGAAGGAUAGAAGGGGCAAAGGACAGAACUUGAGGCUUUCACUGGCUGCUGCAGGUGCAGGGAGCCCCUCAGUCUUUACCAGGGUACCAGCAAAACAUCUACAUUCAGACGUAUCAGGCUGGCUGCCUGUGGGAAAGCUGGUGGGAGUGGGGGGCAGGAGGAAGAACUGCAGAACCCCAAGUUGGGCCUGAGGGGGGACAUGUGAGACUUUGGAGGUGCCGUUGGCAACAGUCCAUUGAACAGACCGACCUCAGCGGGGCCAUGGUAUUGUGGCCCCUGGCUAACAACAUUUGAUUGGAUUUUGUUUUGUUUUGUUUUUUGUCUCUUGCACAAUAUUGAAUGAUUUUUGAAGACAGGAGUUUUAUCAUUUCUUUGGUAUUCAUUCAACACAAGGCAUGUUGUAAUUAUUUUUGACAAAAAGACUCUCCACCAGCCAUGUCCUAUUCUCUCUCAUUUCAGCCAAGCUCUACUUCAAACCCCAGGUGUCCUAUGAGAGGUCACUUGAUAAGUGCCCCACAUCAGCUGCUUUGGUGGGAGCUUCACACAGAGACAGAGGUGAUGGUAUUUUAGUUAGAAGAGUGUGCUUAGAAGCUAAAAUAUACCAGGAAGGAUUUCAAGAGACAGAGGCUGCAGUGCUGUUCUAGUGUCUCCCUGUUCCUCUGCCUCUGCCCCACAAGAAUGAUUUUCUCUUUGGGAAAGAGGAAAGUAGGGAGGGGGUUGGGAAAAUCUCUGCAAGAUCAGACAUCCCUAAGAUUUCCAGUCCUUCCUAGGUUUCAUUCAUCAGGAAAUACCUUUAAGAAACAGCCUUUCUUGUCUCGUUUUGAUGCCUGAGAGACCAGGAAAUGCGAGUCUGUGAUGUUAGGCUGUAUGGUCAUUCCCAUGUCAUUGAACAGCUGUGAGACCCUUGUAGCCUGCAGAGCUCUUUAUAGGUGUCCAGUUUGUGCCUUGGUGCAGAUGUGACAUGGGGCCCUGAGACCGCAUCAACUCGAGGGUGAAUACAAACGUAACUGGCCUGAUGCGGGGGUUCAGUUCAGCAGUUGGUGAGAUGCUAGUGUGCAAAGCUAUAAGGUCUGGAGGCAGAUGGACCUGGAUGUGAGUCAUGGGCUCUUUUGUUUUGAAGCCUUGACCUGGCACCAGUUAGGGACUUUCUCUGAGCCUAUUGCCCCUUCUGUAGAACAGUCUCAGAAUUUGGGGAAAUUUGAUGAGCUUACUGCGUAUAAAUUAGCAUCCACCUUGGAGGUGACUCUCAGUAUGUUGUAGUAUUAGUCUUUUCACCCGUGAUUAUCAGUCAAAGCAAGAGUUUAGGGAAAGGAGCGUUUACAUACAAUUAGGGAAUUAAAAUCUGGGUAAGAUUUACUUAUUUCUUAUGUGACCACAACAACUUGUUCGAAAAGAACUACAUAUAUAAUCAUAUAGAGAAAUUGUAUUCUCUUUGUAGCUGAUUGGCUGUUAAGAGAAUACCCAUGUCAGGGCGCCUGAGUGGCUUGCUCAGUUAAGGGUCUGCCUUCAACUCAGGUCAUGAUCUCAGGGUCCUAGGAUCAAAACCUGCAUCUGGCUCCCUGCUCAGUGAGGAGCCUGCUGUUCCCCCUGUCUGGGUGUGCUCUUCCCACCCUUUAAACCCCCCCCCCCAAAAAAAAAUCCCACGUAGACAGAUGUGUCUUAGAGGAGAAGUAGCUGAACCUCCACCUUGGGCUGGGGGGAGGAGCCACACCAGGCCUCAGGCAGAGAGCCAGGCUGAGGGCCGACCUCCCAUCUCCUUCUGCAAUGCAGAGCCCAAGUCAAAGGCUAAGUCACAGUGAGAUAUGUGAUGUCACGUGUCUCCCUCGCUGCCCACCAAAACAUUUAAUAAAGGCUAGUGCUCAUUAAUGGCAUAGAACAAAACCUUCCCCAAGGCAGGGGCUCUGUACCAGCGGUAGCCCCCAACGUAAAACUCCCCUAUAUCUUUGAUAGGCCAUGGAUUGCAUCAUGGAUUUACUUCCGUGAAUGAGUAAUACCUACUGUUCACUAUAAAGUACAUGUGUAGGGGCACAUGGCUGGCUCAGAAGACCAUGCAACUCUUGAUCAGAGGGUCGUGAGUUCAAGCCCCACAUUGGGUGUAGAAAUUACUUAAACUUGGUAUGUUUGUUCUCCAUGGAGUUCAGGUCUUGAAGCAGUCCUCACACUUCAAAUCUUAAAUAAAUCUGGGUAUCUUGUUAAUAAUGCAGACCUGAUGCCAAAGGUCUGGGAGGCCUGGGGUUCUGCACGCUGAGCCCAGAGUCUUCUUGAAGAGACCCAAGUUUGACAUCUCAAGGAGGAGAAGUCUUACAUGGCCCUUCUUUUCUCUGAGCAGCCACAUAAGGUGGCACAGGGUCUUGCCUUCCUCAGGAAAUAUGUCCUGUAAAUCGCACAUAACCGAAUUUACCAUUUAAACCACUUCUAAGGGUGCAGUUCAGUGGCCUAAAGUAUCUUCACGUUGCUGCACAACCGUCACCAUCCAUCUCUAAAGCUUUUUCAUCUUCCCAAACCGAAACUCUGUACCCACUAAAUUCCUUCCUCCCCACUGCCAGGCCCUGGUAACCACUGUCCUACUCUGUCUCUGGACUUGUCAUUCCAGGCACCUCAUAGCCCUGCAGUCCAUAUAGCAUUUGUCCUGUGUCUCAUUAGGGGACACAUUUUUAAUCUGCAUCAGCAGGAGACGAGGCCUAAACAAUGACUACUGUUGCUCUUUAACCCACACUGAUGGAGUCCUCAGUUUUUCAGCUAUGAAAUUGUCCUUUGAUGAUGUGACUGCUGAUGGUUAUUUAUGAACAAUGGAGGGUAGUUUUAAGAAUCAGAAGGGGAAAAAGGCAUCAAAAGAUUGUACUCAACUGACCCAGAUGAAAUUCUUCAUGAGGACCCUGGGGAGAAACAUCAGGUAAAAUGAAGUUAAAGAUAUAGCAUGACCCUCACUCUUGUCAGUUAACAAAGUCUAAUGACAUCACUUGGUGCUACAGCAGAUCUCUUCCUCCUCAUUUUCUUUCCCAUCAGCCCCAUGCCACUGCGGGCCAGCCCAUGUGGGCAGGUGUAGAAUGCAGUCUGGCUCCUAGUAACUGCCUCAAUUUCUCUUCUGCGUCCUGUCCAUAUCUAUAAAAGGAAAAACUUGGCAAUUCAGCUAUCUAAUGUUCACCUUUUAAAAUGUCCAUCCACCUUCCACCCAUUACCCUCAUGUAGGAAGAUAAUCCCCUGACCCUUUGUGUCACACAGCUGUGUAUGUGACCUUGGGGAGGUCCAUAUGUCACAAUGCAUAGUUAUGAAGCAUUAGCAUUGUCAGAUGCCAGGCUGGCCUAGGGGUUGCCAGAUUAAGGAGACCCAGCUGUGCCCCCAGACCCACAGGUUCAUGAACGAGAUGGCUCCAUAAGCAUAAAGCAAGUGGUAGGUGCUGCCACUGACCCACUGCUAGGGCAUAAUGAGAGAAGAGAAGAGGAGAAAUGAAGCCAGCCUGGGUGCUGCCAGGAGAGGAGGGGUGAGGUGGGCUGUGGAGAGAGAGGAGGGGCUGGAGAGUUGAAGUGGUGCCUGGGUUCCUGUCUACAAAUCAGGGUUGGGAAACUGACCAAGAAGGUCACAGGAAACCACCCCAUCUUCCCUCAGGGUCUCUCAUCAGCAGCCUGCCUUCCCCACUGUUCCCACCUGCCCUCAGCCCAGAGAGUGUACAGCCUUGGUAGAGGGGACAGUCUGAAAGCGGGAGACCAAAAAGUAGUGGAGAGCUUCCUCUCCCGGUUUCCAGACCCAGCCUGUGUAGACAAGCUGUCUCGGGCCCAAACUGAAGGGUGGGAAUAAAUGAACUCUUCAAACUGGCUUCCAUCCAAAGCUGUCAAGUAUUACUUCGUCCCCCUUACCCAAGCAGUCCUGUCGGUCCUCAAGGCCAUUGUCCAUCCAACCAAUGCCCUGAGCAGGUGUCCUUCCCUGGGACCAUCUACAGAGAACAGUGUCGGUGCACGGCUGUUCCUUCGGAUGGAAUCACACUGUUCAGUCCAUCUCAAGUCCUACUGCAGCUGCUUCCCACCUCGGGUGUCUUCCUACUCUUUCCCUUCCAUACAUGUUACCUUACAUUUCAGGUGAUGGGGCACCCACAAGCACACCAUGGUGUGGGCAGCAGGCAGAGCGAAGCCUGGUGACUCAGCUGGUGCUUCUGGACUGGCCUAGGAUCCUGUUCAGUAUAUUAGCCAGUUCCUGGAGAAGAGGUGGGGAAGUAAGCCCACUGUAUGCAGCCACACAGCUUGACUUUCGUAUCAAAGGAAGUGGGGCAGAAAAGGUUUAAGGUACGGAGAUGGGUGGGCACAGUUGGAAUUGGCCACGGGAAACCCCAAGGACAUCUGUUCUUUUAGGUUGCUAAGCAGAACAGUACCCCUCUUUGGUUUCUAUCUCUGGGAGUCUGGCUCCUUCCUCUUGGGAUUCCAUCCUAUAGGUCAAGUGCUGCUGCCGCCACCAAGCAAACCAGAGUCAAGCAGAGAUCUUCCCUGGAGUCUACACCAGGAAUUAGAGAAUAAAAUCUUAGCAUAAUGUUCCUCAACAGGGACACCAAUCCAAAUGAAGAGGACGAGGUGGCAGAGUCUUUCAGAUGGUCGCUGCCAGAAUUUUAUGCUUUGGUUGAACAUUUUCGUAAGAAGAGCAAUAAAUUGAAACUCCUUAAAACUCACAGGAUGUCACUUAGUGAAGCACAGGAAAUGCUUAGUCAAAACCUCAGUGCCAUGUCAUUCUCCAGUGGAACUAAUGUGAGGGAAGAAGUGUUCCAGCCGAUUUUCAUGUGCAAGGUGGUUAGAAAAGAAAAGGAGAAACCAGACUCGAUGACUGAAGUCCUGUAUCGCAGCUUGUUGACCAGCUCACUGUCUCCAGUGGAGAGACUCUCCAGAUCCCAGCAGAGGCUCUUCCAGUGUGGGAUUCCUCCUCCUACCCACACUUUUCCUUAUGAGAUUCUCACUGAUCACUCCAAAUCUUUGUCACCAGUCUCCAUCCCCAUAGAGGAGAAGACUCAGAGUGCCAACAUAUUACACGUGCUGGGCAUUUCCAGGAUCAGGCCACAAAAUUUUAUCUUUGAAGACAAAAUUGCUAAGUACUUCUUAGUUAAUCCAGAAAAACAAUUCAUGGAUCUAAGGGACCUUGAAUGGCGAUAUUACAAGGGGAUAGUGAAAUGGAAGCACAGUGCUUUGGAUUCAUUCAUAGACAUAAAGCACGAUGAUGAGAAGAGAUUUGUGGAGAGCCGGGAGAUGCCUGGUGUCAUUUGCCCCCCUAUCCUUCAUGGGUCUUUAGUCAUUUACCCUCAAGUUGAUUAUCAAAAAAAAAUGUAGCUUCUUCUUAAAUAAAAUAUGUAGUUUAUUACAA